AACACUUCUCGAUACAAAACCGGAAGCACGUGCCAGUGACGUAAUCGUUGGAAAACAAAAACAAAAAUCUGUCUUUCAUCAUCGCCGGUUUUAGUCUCCUUUCGCCUCAUGAAACCUGUUUAAAAACUCUCAUCUCGUCUCGUUUCUGCGUCUUCAUGGUUGUCUGUUGCUCCUCCUGAAGCUGUAGUUUACCGGUAACUGCUCGGUACCGGAGGAUCGGCAGCCAUGGCUCAGCACAGAGGAGUCAACAGCCUGCAGUUCAACCAGGACCAGAGCUGCUUCUGCUGUGCGAUGGAAACCGGGGUGAGGAUCUACAACGUGGAGCCACUGAUGGAGAAGGGUCAUCUGGACCAUGAGCAGGUGGGCAGUGUGGCCCUCUGCUCCAUGCUGCAUCGCUCCAACCUGCUGGCCAUAGUUGGAGGUGGAGUCAAUCCCAAGUUCUCAGAAAUAUCCGUUCUGGUCUGGGACGAUGCGCGAGAGUCCCGGGACCCCAAAGACAAGCUGGUGCUGGAGUUCACCUUCACCAAACCUGUUCUGGCUGUUUGCAUGAGACACGACAAGAUCAUCAUUGUAUUGAAGAACAGGAUCUAUGUGUACAGUUUUCCAGACAACCCUGUUAAACUUUUUGAGUUUGACACCAGAGAUAACCCCAAAGGUCUGUGUGAUUUAUGUCCCAGUCUUGAGAAGCAGCUGCUGGUCUUUCCAGGCCAUAAAUGCGGCAGCCUGCAGCUGGUUGACCUGUCCAACACCAAACCCGGCACAUCAUCCGCCCCGUUCACCAUCAACGCCCACCAGAGCGAGAUCGCCUGCGUGGCGCUGAACCAGCCCGGCAGCGUUGCAGCGUCCGCCUCCCGUAAAGGAACCCUGAUCCGGCUGUUUGAUACCACGACCAGAGACAAGCUGGUGGAGCUGCGCAGAGGAACCGACCCGGCCACCCUCUACUGCAUCAACUUCAGCCACGACUCGUCCUUCCUCUGCGCCUCCAGCGACAAAGGCACCGUCCACAUCUUUGCUUUAAAAGACACCAAACUCAACCGCCGCUCAGCGCUGGCGCGUGUUGGGAAGGUGGGCCCUGUGAUUGGCCAGUACGUGGACAGCCAGUGGUCGCUCGCCAGCUUCACGGUGCCGGCCGAGUGCGCCUGCAUCUGCGCUUUUGGAAAGAACACGUCCAAGAACGUCAACUCAGUCAUCGCCAUCUGUGUGGACGGGACCUUCCACAAGUACGUGUUCACCCCGGACGGGAACUGCAACCGAGAGGCCUUUGACGUGUAUCUGGACAUAUGUGAUGACGACGACUUCUGAAGAUGACGUAUGAGGAAGAGGAGGAAACACGGCUGACAGGAAGAGAUAAACGGACUCAGUGCUGCAGCCGCUUUCAUGACGUGUCUGUGAUCUGUUUUAUCUCCAGAAUGUGGCAGAGUGAAUAUAAAUACACAUAUAAAGACCUGGAA